AUGAAGGAACUUGGAGAAUUGAAACACUUCCUUGGAUUAGAAGUUGACCGAACUAAGGAAGGUUUAUUUCUUUGUCAACAAAAGUACACAAGAGAUUUAUUGCAAAGUUUUGGAAUGCUCGAGUGCAAGCCUAUCUCAACACCUAUGGAAGCUAAUGCCAAGUUAUGCACGCAUGAAGAGAAGGACUUGCAAGAUGGAGCAAUGUACCGACAGCUGGUUGGUAGUCUAAUUUAUCUAAUAUUGACUCGACCAGAUAUCUCGUAUGCAGUUGGUGUAGCAAGUCGGUAUAUGCAACACCCAAAGAAACCUCAUUUGGAAGCAAUGCGACAAAUGUUGAGGUAUGUCAAAGAUACCAUUAACUAUGAUCUCUUAUAUAAGAAAGGUGACGAGGUUAAGAUAGUUGGAUGCUGUGAUGCUGGAGAUCAUGAUACCCAUCGAUCAACUAAUGGGUAUGUAUUCAAGCUUGGAUCUGGAGUUGUAUCUUGGUGUAGCAAAAGGCAACCAACGGUGUCCUUAUCAACCACUGAAGCAAAAUAUAGAGCAACAACAAUAGCAACUCAGGAAAGUACGUGGUUGAUGCAACUAAUGAAGGAUCUACACCAAUCUACAGACAAUGCAAUGCCACUCUAUUGUCAUAAUCAGUCUGCUAUUCGUCUAGCACAAAAUCCAAUUUUUCAUGCACGAACAAAGCAUGUGGAGGUGCACUAUCAUUUUUUGAGAGAAAAGGUAUUAUAA